UGGCUGAAUACAUUUGCCAACGGCCUUCCUCGCACUCGCCCGCGAUGUGUUCUUUGCGCUCGCGAUGCCCGCCGCUCGCUCUUCUCUACCCCGCCCCGGAGAUAAGCGACUGCUCCGCGAACGAUGGUGAUUGACAAUGGUUUCGCAAUAGCUUCACGAUUGAAGAGAUCCGUGCCUUGAUGGACAAGCCGCAAAAUGUGCGCAACAUGUCCGUCAUUGCCCAUGUCGAUCACGGCAAGUCGACCCUCACCGACUCCCUCCUCGCGAAGGCCGGUAUCAUCUCCACCGCAAAAGCUGGAGACGCUCGUGCCACGGAUACCCGUGCGGACGAGCAGGAACGUGGUAUUACCAUCAAGUCCACGGCCAUCUCCCUCUACGGAACCCUUGAGGAGGAGGACCUUAAGGACAUCGUGGGAGCGCCCGCGAGCGGAAACGACUUUUUGAUCAACUUGAUCGACUCACCCGGUCACGUCGAUUUCUCUUCCGAAGUCACUGCUGCUCUCCGUGUCACCGACGGUGCUCUCGUCGUCGUCGACACUGUCGAAGGUGUGUGCGUCCAGACCGAGACUGUGCUCCGGCAGGCUCUCGGUGAGCGGAUUAAGCCUGUUAUCAUCAUCAACAAGGUCGACCGUGCUCUCCUGGAACUCCAGGUCUCCAAGGAAGACUUGUACCAGUCUUUCUCCCGAACCAUCGAGUCGGUGAACGUCAUCAUCUCCACCUACUUUGACAAGGCGCUUGGUGACGUCCAGGUCUACCCCGACAAGGGCACCGUCGCUUUCGGCUCCGGUCUCCAUGGCUGGGCCUUCACCGUCCGGCAGUUCGCCACCCGCUACGCCAAAAAGUUUGGUGUUGACCGCAACAAGAUGAUGGAGCGCCUCUGGGGCGACAACUACUUCAACCCCGCCACCAAGAAGUGGACAAAGAAUGGAAACCACGAGGGCAAGCAGCUCGAACGCGCCUUCAACCAGUUCAUUCUGGAUCCCAUUUUCAAGAUCUUCGCCGCUGUCAUGAACUUCAAGAACGACGAGGUCACCAUCCUCCUCGAGAAGCUUAACCUCAAGCUUGCCACCGAGGAUCGCGACAAGGAGGGCAAGCAGCUGCUCAAGGCCGUUAUGCGGACUUUCCUGCCCGCUGCCGACUGCCUGUUGGAGAUGAUGAUUCUUCACCUCCCGUCCCCCGUGACUGCCCAGAAGUAUCGUGUUGAGACCCUCUAUGAGGGUCCUCUUGACGAUGAGGCCGCCAUCAGCAUCCGCGACUGCGACGCCAAGGGCCCGCUCAUGCUGUACGUGUCCAAGAUGGUCCCGACUUCCGACAAGGGCCGCUUCUACGCUUUCGGCCGUGUCUUCUCUGGCACCGUCAAGUCCGGCCUCAAAGUCCGCAUCCAGGGCCCCAACUACACACCUGGCAAGAAGGACGACCUUUUCAUCAAGGCCAUCCAGAGAACCGUUCUCAUGAUGGGCGGUAAGGUCGAGCCCAUUGACGACAUGCCGGCUGGCAACAUCGUCGGCCUGGUCGGUAUCGAUCAGUUCCUACUCAAGUCGGGCACUCUUACCACCAGCGACACCGCCCACAACCUGAAGGUCAUGAAGUUCUCCGUCUCGCCCGUCGUCCGCCGGUCCGUCAAGGUCAAGAACGCCCAGGAUCUGCCCAAGCUUGUCGAGGGUCUUAAGCGUCUGUCCAAGUCCGACCCCUGCGUUCUGACAUUGAUGUCGGAGACUGGCGAGCACAUUGUUGCUGGCGCUGGUGAGUUGCAUCUUGAGAUUUGCCUGAACGAUCUCGAGAACGACCACGCUGGUGUUCCUCUCAUCAUCUCCGACCCUGUCGUGCAGUUCCGUGAGACGGUUGUCGCCAAAUCCAGCAUUACUGCUCUGUCCAAGUCCCCCAACAAGCACAAUCGUUUGUACAUGAUCGCCGAGCCCAUGGACGAGGAGCUGGCCAAGGAGAUUGAGGCUGGCAAGAUCGGACCCCGCGACGAUUUCAAGGCCCGUGCCCGUAUCCUCGCCGACGACUUCGGCUGGGAUGUCACUGAUGCUCGCAAGAUCUGGGCGUUCGGCCCUGACACCAACGGUGCUAACUUGCUCGUCGACCAGACCAAGGCCGUUCAAUACUUGAACGAAAUUAAGGACUCUGUUGUUUCUGGCUUCCAGUGGGCUACCAGGGAAGGCCCAAUCGGUGAGGAGCCGAUGCGCUCUAUCCGGUUCAACAUCAUGGAUGUUACCCUCCAUGCCGAUGCCAUUCAUCGUGGUGGUGGACAGCUCAUCCCCACGGCGCGUCGUGUGCUGUAUGCCGCUACUCUCCUGGCCGACCCUGCUCUCCUUGAGCCCGUCUUCCUGGUCGAAAUCCAGGUGCCCGAGCAGGCUAUGGGCGGUGUCUAUGGUGUCCUCACCCGCCGGAGAGGUCACGUCUUUGCUGAGGAGCAGCGUCCCGGAACCCCUCUCUUUACCAUCAAGGCCUACCUGCCCGUCAUGGAGUCUUUCGGCUUCAACGCCGAUCUCCGCCAAGGAACCUCUGGCCAGGCCUUCCCCCAGUCCGUUUUCGACCAUUGGCAGGUUCUUACCGGUGGCUCUCCUCUCGAUGCCACCUCCAAGGUUGGCCAGAUCGUCAAGGAGAUGCGCGUUCGCAAGGGUCUCAAGGUGGAUGUGCCGACUGUGGACAACUACUACGACAAGCUCUAAGCGUCUUUUGCCGGUGGCUUGCUUGUGACCCGGUGUUCUGUGUUAUGUCCGUCAUAAAUAAGACUGGUUCAUUGUCAGUAUCAUGAUAUUUCCCAGAUUCGACAUU